AUGGAGCCAGGGUCUGACGACUUCCUACCGCCUCCGGAGUGCCCGGUGUUCGAGCCUAGCUGGGCCGAGUUCCGAGACCCGCUAGGCUACAUAGCGAAAAUCAGGCCCAUCGCGGAGAAGUCGGGUAUUUGCAAGAUCCGCCCACCCGCUGAUUGGCAGCCUCCUUUUGCAGUAGAAGUUGACAACUUCAGAUUUACUCCUCGCAUCCAGAGACUAAAUGAACUAGAGGCCCAGACAAGAGUGAAACUGAACUAUCUGGACCAGAUUGCGAAAUUCUGGGAAAUCCAAGGCUCUUCUUUAAAGAUUCCCAAUGUGGAACGGAGGAUCUUAGACCUCUACAGCCUUAGUAAGAUUGUGAUGGAGGAAGGUGGCUAUGAAGCCAUCUGCAAGGAUCGUCGGUGGGCUCGAGUUGCCCAGCGCCUCAGUUACCCACCAGGCAAAAACAUUGGCUCCCUGCUGCGAUCUCACUAUGAACGCAUCAUUUACCCCUAUGAAAUGUUUCAGUCUGGAGCCAAUCUUGUGUAUAGUAACACACACCCAUUUGACAGUGAAGAAAAAGACAAGGAAUACAAACCCCAUGGAAUACCCCUUCGACAGUCUGUGCAGCCUUCAAAGAUCAGCAGUCACAGUCGACGAGCAAAAAGACUCCAGCCUGAUCCAGAGCCCACAGAGGAGGACAUUGAGAAGAAUCCAGAGCUGAAGAAGCUGCAGAUCUAUGGAGCAGGCCCCAAGAUGAUGGGCCUGGGCCUCAUGGUCAAAGACAAGACUCUGCGGAAAAAAGAAAGACUCACAUGUCCCCCCACUGUUGUGGUGAAGGAGAAGUCAAAUGGGGAUGGAAAAGUGACACCAACAUUGUGUAAGAAGGAAUUUAGUUGCAACCCAGAGAUCUGCACCAGGAUGACUAUGCGGCUGAGGAAUAAUAACAGCAGUGCCCAAUUGAUUGAUGCACAUGUUUGCCGAAUGUGUUCCCGAGGGGAUGAAGAUGAUAAACUUCUUCUCUGUGAUGACUGUGAUGACAGUUACCAUAUCUUUUGCCUAUUACCACCCCUUCCUGAAGUCCUGAGAGGGGUGUGGAAGUGCCCAAAGUGUGUCAUGGCGGAGUGUAAGCGGCCCCCUGAAGCCUUUGGUUUUGAGCAGGCUACCCAAGAGUACACUUUGCAGAGCUUUGGUGAGAUGGCUGACGCCUUCAAGGCUGACUACUUCAACAUGCCUGUGCAUAUGGUGCCUACAGAACUAGUGGAAAAGGAAUUCUGGAGGCUGGUGAACAGCAUUGAAGAGGAUGUUACAGUUGAGUAUGGGGCAGACAUUCAUUCCAAAGAAUUUGGCAGUGGCUUUCCUGUCAGCAGUAGCAAAAGGAAUCUAUCCUCUGAGGAACAGGACUAUGCAACCAGUGGUUGGAACCUGAAUGUGAUGCCUGUGUUGGAGCAGUCUGUUCUCUGUCACAUCAAUGCAGAUAUCUCAGGCAUGAAGGUCCCGUGGCUUUAUGUGGGCAUGGUAUUCUCAGCAUUUUGUUGGCAUAUUGAGGAUCACUGGAGUUACUCCAUUAACUACCUUCACUGGGGUGAGCCGAAGACCUGGUAUGGGGUACCUUCACUGGCAGCAGAACAUUUGGAGGAGGUGAUGAAGAGGCUGACACCUGAGCUGUUUGAUAGCCAGCCUGACCUCCUGCACCAGCUUGUUACUCUCAUGAAUCCCAAUAUACUCAUGUCCCAUGGUGUGCCAGUUGUCCGUACAAACCAGUGUGCUGGAGAAUUUGUCAUCACUUUUCCCCGUGCUUACCAUAGUGGUUUCAACCAAGGCUACAACUUUGCUGAAGCUGUCAACUUUUGCACUGCUGACUGGCUGCCUAUUGGACGCCAGUGUAUUGAACACUACCGCCGUCUUCGGCGAUACUGUGUCUUCUCCCAUGAGGAACUCAUCUGCAAGAUGGCUGCAUUCCCAGAGAAGCUGGAUCUGAAUCUGGCAGUGGCUGUGCAUAAGGAGAUGUUCAUUAUGGUACAGGAGGAGCGACGUCUACGAAAGGCCCUGUUGGAGAAGGGUAUCACGGAGGCUGAGCGAGAGGCUUUUGAAUUGCUCCCGGAUGAUGAGCGUCAAUGUAUCAAGUGCAAGACCACAUGCUUCCUAUCAGCCUUGGCCUGCUAUGACUGCCCAGACUGCCUUGUAUGCCUUUCCCACAUCAAUGAUCUCUGCCAGUGCUCCAGUAGCCGGCAGUACUUGCGGUAUCGGUACACCUUGGAUGAACUCCCUGCCAUGCUGCAAAAACUAAAAGUUCGGGCUGAGUCUUUUGACACCUGGGCCAACAAAGUGCGAGUCGCCCUGGAGGUGGAGGAUGGUCGGAAGCGCAGUUUUGAAGAGUUGAGGGCACUGGAGUGUGAGGCCCAUGAGAGAAGAUUUCCUAAUAGUGAGCUGCUAUACCAACUAAAGAACUGCCUGAAAAAAGCAGAGGCUUAUGUUUCCCAAGUCCUAGGUCUGGUUAGUGGCCAGGAGGCUAGAAUGGAAACACCACAGCUGACCCUGGUUGAGCUCCAGGUCCUUCUUGAUCAGAUGGGCAGCCUGCCUUGUGCCAUGCAUCAAAUUGGUGACCUCAAGGUUGUCCUGGAACAUGUGGAAGCCUUCCGAGUUGAGGCCCGUGAGGCUCUGGCCUCAUUGCCCUCUAGUCCAAGGCAACUGCAGUCCCUGUUGGAGAGAGGACAGCAGCUGGGUAUUGAGGUGCCUGAAGUCCAUCAGCUCCAGCAGCAGGUGGAGCAGGCAUGUUGGCUAGAUGAGGUGAAACAGGCAUUGGCUCCCUCUGCAGAAAGGGGAUCCCUGGUCAUCAUGCAGGGGCUGCUGGUUACUGGUGCCAAAGUAGCCUCCAGCCCUGCUGUGGACAAGGCCCGGGCUGAGCUACAGGAGCUGCUGACCAUUGCAGAACGCUGGGAAGAAAAGGCUCAUUUCUGCCUGGAGGCCAGACAGAAGCACUCACCAGCCACAUUGGAAGCUAUAAUCCGUGAGACAGAAAAUAUCCCUGUUCACCUGCCCAAUAUCCAGGCACUCAAAGAGGCUCUAACAAAGGCACAGGCUUGGAUUGCUGAUGUGGAUGAAAUUCAAAAUGGUGACCACUACCCCUGUUUGGAUGACUUGGAGGGCCUAGUGGCUGUGGGCCGGGACCUGCCUGUGGGGCUGGAAGAGCUGAGACAGCUAGAGCUGCAGGUACUGACAGCACACUCAUGGAGGGAGAAAGCUUCCAAGAUCUUCCUCAAGAAGAAUUCUUGCUAUACACUGCUGGAGGUCCUCUGCCCCUGUGUAGAUGCUGGUUCAGACAGCAUUAAACGUAACCGGUGGAUGGAGAAGGAGCUGGGAUUGUAUAAAUCUGACACAGAACUGCUGGGAUUGUCUGCACAAGACCUCAGGGACCCAGGCUCUGUGAUAGUGGCUUUCAAGGAGGGGGAGCUGAAGGAGAAGGAGAGUAUCCUGCAGCUGCGUCGCACCAACUCAGCCAAGCCUCAUCCACUGUCACCAUCUACCACAGCUGCUGCUGCAACCUCAAUAUGUGUGUGUGGGCAAGUGCCAGCUGGGGUGGGAGCUCUGCAGUGUGACCUAUGUCAAGACUGGUUCCAUGGGCAGUGUGUGUCAGUGCCCCACCUCCUCAGUUCCAUGAGACCCAGUCCAACCUCAUCCCCACUGCUGGCCUGGUGGGAGUGGAACACCAAAUUCCUCUGUCCACUGUGCGUGCGCUCACGGCGCCCACGCCUAGAAACCAUCCUCGCACUGCUAGUAUCCCUGCAGAGACUUCCUGUGCGUUUGCCUGAGGGUGAAGCCCUGCAGUGCCUCACAGAGAGGGCUAUUAGCUGGCAAGGCCGUGCCAGACAGGCUCUGGCCUCUGAGGAUGUGACUGCCCUGUUGAGACAGCUGGCUGAGCUUCAUCAGCAGAUGCAGGCUGAACCCAGACCAGUGGAGCUCCCUGGCUAUCCUUCAGUCUCUGACUCUGAUCCUCUCACAGAGAAUAAUGGCAAGGAUAUGCCUAAGCUGCAGGAGUUGCUGGAGAACAGAGACAGUGUGGCCAGUCCUGAGAAGGUUUCCCCAAGGGAGAACUCAGACUUGGAAUCACUGUCCUCACUGUUGCCACAGUUGACUGGCCCAGUGUUAGAGCUGCCAGAGGCAACCCGAGCUCCUCUGGAGGAGCUUAUGAUGGAGGGGGACCUACUUGAGGUGACCCUGGAUGAGAACCACAGCAUUUGGCAGCUGCUGCAGGCUGGACAGUCUCCAGAUCUGGAGCGAAUCCGCACAUUGCUGGAGCUGGAGAAGCCUGAGCAUCAAGGGAAUUGGACAAGGGACCAGGUGUUGGAGAGGCGGCGGCGGCGGCGACGUAAAAUGGACCUGGAUAGUAAGAAUGAGGAUCCAAAUCAAGAAAACCUGGAGUCAAAAAGAGCCCGGGGCUCAGGGGUUAAGCCUGAAGAAGGCCAAGAGGAAGAGGUUGAGGAGGAAGCAAGCCAUGAUACCAUAUCACCAACCCAACCCACACACCACAGCCUCAUCUUGAAAGGGAGCCAAAACAACUUGGAACCAGAGAAUGCAGGUCCCCUAGCCUCUUUCCCUUCUUUAAACCCUUUGCUAUAUCUGUCCUCCUCAAAUCAUCAAGAGUUGUGA